CCCUGUUUUCAACAUGGCAGGCAGUAAGUUGGUGCUGGAAGGGAGGAUAAGUAUUACAAGCUUUCUUUUAGGUCUUGGUGUGAUUAUAAUACCCCUGCUUGUAAAGUUUGGCUCCCAUGUUGACUGGAUAUUCGAUUACCUCACCGGUGUAAACGGGAAAAUAGCCAUUGCGCUUUAUAUUACAGUUAUCAACGGCUUCCUGCUAAUCAUUUACAAGGGACCUCUGUACAAGGUUGCUGUGCGCGCUUGCUUUCUAGGAUUUGUCUUCGGAUGUGGCUUGAUCAUAAGUUUUGCAGACACAACAUGGACACACUUUGGCUGGUACUUGUGUUCACUGACAUUCUUCCACUACUCUGAAUACCUGGUCACAGCCAUCAUCAACCCUCGCAGUCUGUCUCUAGACUCCUUCCUGCUCAACCACAGUGUUGAAUACACCGUAGCAGCAAUCUCUUCCUGGAUGGAGUUUAUUGUGGAAAAGCUGCUAGUUCCAGAGCUGAAGCAGAUGAACUGGGUCUGUUUUGUGGGAUUAAUAAUGGUGUUAUGUGGAGAAGGUCUGCGCAAGUCUGCCAUGCUGACAGCAGGAUCCAACUUCAACCACAUAGUGCAGAAUGAGAAGGCUCAGAGCCACGUGCUGGUCACCAACGGCGUCUAUUCAUUUUUCAGACACCCCUCAUAUGUGGGCUGGUUCUACUGGAGCAUCGGUACUCAGAUAAUGCUGUGCAACCCGUUAUGCCUCUUGGCCUAUACGUUGGCUAGCUGGCGGUUCUUCAAGGAGCGUGUCGAGGAAGAGGAGAUCUCUCUUAUCCAUUUCUUUGGAGAGGAUUACAUCGAAUACAAAAAGAAAGUCCCCACUGGUUUGCCCUUUAUCUCAGGCAUCAGGAUAAACUCAUAAGACUGGGACAAAGAGAGAAACGCGGAAACGUCUAGUGCACUCCUGGACACUUCCUGGACUGGCACUGUGAGUGAACUGGUCACCCGGUGACCUUCUGGCUCACGUUAAGGCCAAGGGAAAUGAGGGGACACGGUACCGAGAGACUGGCCUGUUGAUCUGCUCGGAGACACAACGGCUCACUCUGAGCAGGGUGGAGCCUCUACCUCGACGCAAUUCAGACCGGAAAUUCACACAUGGCUAUAAAGUCUCUCAGCACUCCCCCACAUUAUCAAUAUUCACUUUGUCUUUUCUCUCAUACAUCAUAUAAUACUUUUACAUCUUCAUAUACAUGUAGACCAGUUUUUGCAUCUCUACUUCAUGAUAUAGACCUGUUUUAACACAUCCGUACAUUUCAUCUGUCAUUUCUUGUCAGUUCCUUAUUAGUUUCAGGGUCUUAAUUCUUUGUGUUUCUUUUUUUUUUUUUUUUUUUUUUUUACCUGUUGUAGAACAGGAUUUAGAAAUUAAAGGUCAUGAAACUACAGCGAGGUUGUACAGUAUGUUAACUAGGAAAAAGUAUACUGCAACUCAAUAUACAUUCAACCUGACUUAUACCAAAUAUACCAGAUACUUAUACCAGAUAUUAUUUAUUUUACAGGAAUGCUUGAGCACUCUCCUAGUAAAUACAUUAGUAUUUUACAUAUGGUGUUUCUUGUAUUUCUUAUUAGGUAAAAACUCAGAUAUGAAUUGUUCAGUAAUGUUUUAGAGUUUUUACCUAGAUAAGAGCCAACAGUACAAUUGUUCAGUUUGCAGACCUGCCAACCUUAGGAGCACUGCAUUUCAGCAUCGGAGUACACGGAUAUGAGUUAUCACUCAGAAAUAUGCAAACAGAGCAGUCUUUUUUCCCUAAUAAAAAUGGUAGACGCACCCAUCAGCAGAAUUUGGGGAGUAGAAUUUUUUCAACUGAAAGAUGGCACCUUGCUAAAAGUACUGAUAAAAUCAGAAAAAUCAGAAUUUGUUUGACUUUGCUAAUAUUAUACAAGUAAAUAGUUAACAUCAGUUAACUAUAUUUAUUAGGGAUACCACUAAAGCUGAAAAUAGUUUAAAAAAAAAAAAAAAAAAAAAAAGUACUUUUUUGGUCAAAAGAGGAAGAAAAAAUGGGGGGAAAAAGAUUAAAUAGGGCUACAAUGAAAUACCAAAUAAAAAAAAAAAAAACUACAGAUAAUAAUUAGAAUGUGAUUAAAAACACUGCUUGCUUUCCAGCACUGGUCAGGGCAGACGUGUUGAAACAGUGUGGUUAAGCUUGUCGCAGUAGAAACCGGAGUGUAUGUAUAUUGUAGGCGAAUCACCAGGCACAUGGGGGGCGCACAAGCUGCAGCUUUUCUGUUUUAAGAUACAGACACUGGAGAAGUUUACAUGCACACUUUCUUAUUAACUGCUGUACAUUACAUCUUUUUCCUAUAAUUGGAAGAAAGAAACUAAACUUUUCUAUUGGAAAAUUUUGUACUUUCCUGCAUGUAAACAUUUAUAGUGUCUAUAUCUUAGGCAAGUGGUAUCUUUGCCCAGCAAAACACUGGGUGUAAAAUCUGUUAAAAAAAAGUAUAUACAUACACUCCAGUUUGUAUCUUGGAGAAGUGAUUUGUGAAUGGAUUAUGUUGAAGAUACAUUAGUCCUCUUCGGGGAUGGCAGGUCUGAAUUUGGUAUUCUCUUGAUGUGUGGAUGGACAAAGUGGAGUUUUAUUACAUUUGUAAUGUUCCUCUAGGAGUUUUACAUGUUAUGAUAUUUCUAAACUUUGUUUUUGUUGAUUUCUCCUAACACUGUUCAGGCAGUUUUGGGCACAUGCAGAUCUCCAUGCUGAAUGCUGACAAUCUGUAAUAAACACUUUUCCUAAAUGUUGUGCCAUCUUAAUGGUGAUAAACUUGGCACUGCAGGCAAAAUUCAACCAUAAGUUGAGUGGGCAGAAGUGUCUGCUAGCUAAUUGGAUUCUGCAUGAAGGGGCCAAAUGUAACAGAUGUAUUUAUUGGCACAUUGGAUACACAAAAUCAGCAAGAGAACCUUAUUAGUUCCAACACACAUGGACAAGUUUGUGAUGUUCUACAACUUCCACGCAUUGCAUGUAUUUUGGUUAGCUUCUGGUUCUGUUCUCAUUUUAUCAUGAUGUCAAUAUUUUCACCAACCCUUCCAGUCCAUUUAACUAAAUCAAAUAAUGCAUUUGAUUGAUUACACACAUUCAGCCACAUCCAGGGCCAUUUAUUCAUCUUUAUAUCCUUCAUUUUCAACAUGAACUAGCUUCAGUGACAGGAAGUAGGAUUUGUUGCACUUUUCAAUGAAUGGCCACCAUAACAGCUUCUAUUAAUUGUCAAACAUAAAGGUUUCAUUCAUGUACAGCAGGAUGGCAAGUUGCAGUACAUAAGUAUUACAGUAAGACAAAUGGGAAGGAAACUGAACUGUAUAAUUAUUCAUGAUUAUGACACUGAGCAUAGAAAACUACUACAAACCUCUGAAAUAAACACUUAAUAUAAA